AAAAAAAGAGAGAGAGAGAAGAAAAAGGGGUUUACCCCUUGUAACAUCUGCUCAAGAGACAUACAACCUCUAUUCAGAGAGAUGCUGCUUCCUUUUCUGCUAACCCUUAAAUGAGGGUGAGAAGGGGUGGAUCCCGGCUCCACUCCUUCCAGUCACUCAGGUACAUUGCUUGCACCCGAGUUCCCUGGAUUAGUGAUGCCUUCUCAUCUGGUGCUCAACCAUUGGUUCAGGCUGUGGCCUGGUAAUUGCACUGCAAGACAUGUUCCCAAUUUUCUCAACUCAAACACUUGGCCGAUGGUUGAUUUUCCUAGAAAUGUCUCUGUUGUUCAUAACAAUAGUAAUUUGACAGUUGGUAACAAUACCAAAUGGGUGGAUGGAUGGAUGCAUUACAGGCAUGGAAAGGAGGAAGAAAGGAAGGAAGGGAAAGAUAAAAAGCUGUCUUGGUCUCUGAUGCUAUUUAGCCUAUCAUGUUUCCAAGCCAAAGGAACGCAAGAGGAAAGCACAACAAUGGCUGCAUCUGAGUGAGUGAAGUUGAGGGCCUGCCUUUGCAAAAACAAGAAGAGGUUCCCAUAGCUGUUAAAGCUGGAGAACUCCUCUAUCCUGCUUUUCCAAGUAGAUUCAGUGAGUCUGCAAAGAGUGGACUAGAAAACAUCAAGAGAAUUCAAAUCCUUUUGGAAUGAUGAUGAAGGGAUUGGGAGCACAGGUAAUGUUCUCCUCCCUCAGAGUUGUUUGAAAGGAAUUAGAGAGGGAACCUCUAAGAAGGUAAAGCAUCUUGAAGUCUACCUGAAGUUCCUCUAUCCCAAUGCAUGCAUCAUGGGAAAUAAGCAGGAGCCGGAAGCCACAACUUUGAAAAUUAGAAAAUUAUUACCUUUUUGUUACCAUGGAAACGUGGUGAGAAGUUUCACACAACUGGAGCACUGCAGUCAAGAGCCUCAGGCUGUUCACAAGUGUUAGGCAGGAAAGGAUGGGCAAGGGUGUUACACACUAGGAAGACUUGGGAGACUACUGACCCACGAGCCUCGUGUCUGUGCUGGGGAAGAUCAGGGAAUAGUUCUUUUCAGAAGCCUUGUUAAGUCACAUGCAAGAAAAGAAGGUGACCUGACACAGUCAGCAUUGUUUCACCAAGUGCAGAUCGUGUCUGACCAAUGUGGUGUACUUCUGUGGUGGAGUAAGAUCAUCAGUGGACGAAGGAAGAGUAAGUGAUGUCAUCCACAUGGACUUGUACAAGGCUUUUGACAUGGUCCUACGCAACAUCCUUAUCUCUAAGUUGGAGAGGUAUGGAUCUGAAGGAUGGUCUAUUCUGUGGAUAAGGAACUGAAGUGGUUGGAUGGUUACAGCCAUAGGAUUGUGGUCAAGAGUGCUAUGUCCAGGUGGAAACUGAUGAUGAGUGGUGUCCCCCUGGGGUUUGUCUAGGGACUAAUGCUCCUCAACAUCUCUAUUGAUGAAUUGAGACAGUGGGAUGAGAUGCACCCUCAGCUAGUUUGCAGAUUACACUUAUCUGGGGGGUCCAGUUCAUACAGUGGAUGGUAGGGAUGCUAUCCAAAGGACAUGGACAAGCUUGAGAAGUGAGUCCACGUGAACUGAAUGAGAUUCAGCAUGUCCAUGUGUUGAACUUGGACUUGGGUCAGGUUCUUCCCGAGUGUGAUUACAGUCUGGGAGAUGAACUAACUGAGAGCAGCCCCGUGGAGAAGGACUCAAGAGUUUCAGUGCACAAAGAUCUUGACAUGAGCCAUAAAUGUAUGGCUGUGGUACAGAUGACCAACUGUACUGUGGGCUCCAUCAGAAUAGAUUGCUAGCAGGGUGACGGAGGUGAUUGUCGCCCUCUGUUUUGUCCUUGUGAGGUCCCAUGUGGAAUAUUGUGUCCAGGUUUAUGCCCACCAGCACUACCAUGGAGCAAGUGGAGCAAAACCAGAGGAGGACAUGAAGAUAAUCAGAAAGUUGAAGCACCUCUGCUAUGACGUAAUGCUGAGGUGGACUGGCUUGUUCAGCCUAGAGAAGAAUCACACUGUGGCUUUCUAAUACUUACAUGAACUUACAAAGAAGAGGGUGAUUGGCUUUUUACAUUCCUUCCCUUCUGCUGAUAUCUGUGAGACUGGGUGUCCCAACUGCUGUUAAAAGGACCACAGUGGAGUUCACAGUGCAAAAACAUGGACACACCUGAGUGCUGACUCUGAGUGCUCAGGCAUUUCCCAUGUGGGCUCAAUUUAUCUUGUUGCAAAGGGCUGCUCUCCUUGGCAUCAGUCACGAUCUAUCAAACAGGAAAGCAUUAGAGCCUUAGCACACUGGGUGAGGUGUGAUACACAAUGCGAAGCAAACAAUGUCAGCAUUCUGUCCUACAGGAGAAGUACAAUUCUGGUGCGAUAGGAAGAUGGGGUGAUGGUGAAUCGCUUGCAUAGAACAUCUUUCCCUGUAAGCUGUCUGGCACCAAUUCAAUCACUCAAUUGUGGUAUGUGUCUGGACCACCCUUCUUGUUAAUUUGCUGAUUAUAAAGACAAAAUGAGGAAAACGUGUCUACGCACUGAAAAGAAAUGACAUAACAUUAUGCAAACUCUACAAGGCACGGAGCAAAAGAUUUCGCAGUGGAGAUCCCGUGAAGUGAUUCCCAGAGCAGCACUGCGUGUAAGACAGCUCCCAAACUCGGCGAGUAUUUACACUGUGCUCUGGGAUGGUGUUUGCAGGAGGAACGGAGAUGCGAACCUCCAAGUCCACCCACAUCGGCAGCGGUGCUCGGAACGCGGAGGAGGAGCAGUUCCCCGUUGCGCCGCUGGGUGGGGAUGUUGGCCACGGAGCGGCAGCUCCCUGCAGCCGCAGCGCGCUUGCAGGCGCAGGCGCCCAGAAGAGCCGUGCGAGCUGCUGAGGAAGGGAAAGGAAGGACGGAGGAGCACGGAACCGGGCGCUCGGGGGCUUUGGGGCCGAGCUGCUGGGAAAGGCGGCUUUCGGUUCGCGAGCGGCAGCGCCGUGCGUCGGGGCCGGCGAGAAAAACUGCGAGCAUGAAAGGCCGGCUGUGGCGGAGAGGGACGGCGAGCGGGAGACGGAGCGGCGGCGGCGGCGAGAGGCAAGUGCUGCUGUGGCUCGUGUGCGUUUGCGUGUGGGAGAGCGGGGCCGAAACGCUGCGCUAUUCGGUGGCGGAGGAAAUGGCGAGGGACUCGUUGGUGGGCAACGUCGCCCAGGACCUGGGGCUUUCUCCGAGCCAGCUCGCGGCUCGCAAGGCGCGCGUGGUGUCCGAGGGGAGCGAGCAGCAUUUCCGCCUCGAUCCGCACAGCGGCGUCCUGACGGUCACGGAGACGCUGGACCGAGAGCGGAUCUGUCCGCACAGCGAGAGCUGCGCGCUCUUGUUUAAGCUUUUCUUUGAGAACCCGGUGCAGCUGAUCCGCGGGGAGGUGGAGGUUCGGGACGUGAACGACCACUCCCCCGUGUUCCCGCAGAAGGAGGUGGUUUUAAAGGUUAUCGAAACGGCAUCAAUCGGCUCUCGUUUCCCGCUAGAAAACGCCCAGGAUGAGGACGUUGGGAUCAACGGUUUACAGAAUUACAGCCUCUCCCCAAACUCGUAUUUCUCCCUUGAUCUCGAAGAAGGAGAAGAUGGAGGCAGAUACGCGGAGCUCGUCCUGCAGAGGCCUUUGGACCGCGAGGAGCAGCGGGAGCUGCAUUUGGUGCUCACGGCCACGGACGGGGGCUCGCCGCCCAGGUCGGGCACGGCUCAGGUCCGGGUGGUGGUGCUGGAUGCCAACGACAACAUGCCGGUGUUCUCGCGGGAGGUGUACGAGGUGCGCGUGGCCGAGAACAGCCCCCCGGGGCAGCUGGUGGUCCGGGUGUCGGCCGCGGAUCCCGACGAGGGCUCCAACGGCAAAGUGCGGUAUGCCUUCACCCAGGCAUCGGCGGGUUCCAAAGAGCUCUUCAGUCUGAACCCUGAGAACGGGGAGAUUCGGGUUUUGGGCAACCUAGACUUUGAGGAAACAAAAGCCCACAAGCUGGUAGUGACAGCCACGGACGGGGGUGGUCUGUCUGCGCACUGCAGAGUGCACGUGGAGGUGCUGGACGUGAACGACAACGCGCCGGAGAUCGCGCUGAGCUCCGUGAGCGCCUCCAUCCCCGAGGACGCCCCGCCCCGCACCGUGGUGGCCCUGCUGAGCGUGCGGGACCGCGACUCCGGCGACAACGGGCGGACGGAGUGCGCCAUCGAGGGCGACGUGCCGUUCAGCCUGACGGCCGCUUUCGCCAACCACUACGAGCUGCGCACCAGCGCGGCCCUGGACAGGGAGACGACGGCCGAGUACAACGUGAGCAUCGUGGCCACGGACUGGGGCCGGGCGCGGCUGAGCGCUCGCGAAAGCGUGUCGGUGCGCAUCGCCGACGUGAACGACAACGCGCCGCGCUUCACGCAGGCGGCGUACAGCAUGUCGGUGAGCGAGAACGAGGCGGGCGCGGUGCGGAUCGGCAGCGUGAAGGCGACGGACGCGGACGCGGGCGCGAACGGGCGCGUGAGGUACGCGCUGGUGCGGGAGGAGGGCGAGGAGCGGCCCGCCGUGUCGGUGGACGCCGAGAGCGGGGCCGUGUCCGUCGUGCGGCCGCUGGACUACGAGGAGGUGCGCGCCGUGGAGGUGACGGUGCGCGCCGCCGACGGGGGCUCGCCGCCGCGGAGCGCCACGGCGCUGCUGCGGGUGCUGGUGCGGGACGAGAACGACAACGCGCCCGUGGUGCUGCACCCGCCGGCCGACGGCGGCGCGGCGCUGGGCGAGCUGGUGCCGCGGCGGGCGCGGGCGGGCUACCUGGUGGCCAAGGUGGUGGCGGUGGACGCGGACGCGGGGCAGAACGCGUGGCUGUGCUACGAGCUGGCCAAGGCGACGGAGCCGGGGCUGUUCCGCGUGGGGCUGCACAGCGGCGAGGUGCGCACGGCGCGGGCCGUGGGCGAGCGCGACGCGGCCCGGCACAGGCUGGUGGUGCUGGUGCGGGACCGCGGGCGGCCGCCGCGCUCCGCCAGCGCCACCCUCGCCGUCGCCCUGGCCGACGGUUUCUCGGAAGGCCACCUGCGGGCGAGCGAAGAGGCGCCGGCCGCCGAGCCCGACGGCCGCCUCACCCUCUACCUCAGCGUCUGCUUGGCCUGCGUGUCCGCGCUCUUCGUGGCCGGCGCGGCGGCCGCCGUGGCCGCCAAGGUGCGGCGGGCCCGGCGGGGCGAGCCGGGGACCUUGCCCACCUUCCCGCAGUCCGCCGCCGACAGCAGCGCCGGCUCCCUGCCCCGCAGCUACGUCUACGACGUCCGCCUCGCCGCCGGCACCGUCAACAGCGAGUUCCGCUUCCUCGGGCCGCUCUUGCCCUGCUUCCCCGCCGGGCUGCCGCAGGGCGCGGCCGAGCAGCGGAGCUCGCUCUGCUCGGCCGGCCUCGGGCAAGAAGAAGGCGACUGGGCUGUGCAGGGCCGAGCUCCCGUCUCUGAAGGCACGGCUCCCGGGGCAGCAGAGGAGAAUGCCAGUUUGGAUCAAUGCCCCUGGCUCAGCCAUCAGUAAGGGAGGAGGCGGAGCAGCAUCUUGGUCUUCAUGAGCUAAUAUCUUCGUAGUGAAAUGAAGGAGAGACCAAACACGCACCAAAAAUGUGCCAAGGAAAUGCAGUACUGCUCUGUGAGAGUGCAUGGACACUCCUCUUAACCAGUACUUCAUGUACUGAUUCUGAAAUGUUGAUAACUUUCGCGGUUGUUGCAUGCUGGGAACACUGAGCUUUGAUAUCUAAUUGUUGUAGUGCUAUUGCUCCUAAGUAUUAAGUGUAAAUGGGGAAACAAUAUUCUUAUAUUCACGCUAUCGUUUUCUUACAUGUGCUUUUUCUUACAUGCAUUCAUUUUUGUUGUCAAGUGGAUCCUGUACUCAUGUAAUCUGUACCAUGCCAGGCUGUGUAGCAGUUAAUCAGACCAGAAUGUUUCCAGCAAAGGCAUUCUUGAGUAACACUGAGGAGCUGGCUGCCUUUCAGAUGGCUGACGUUCACACACUGCACAACCAACCAGGAGUUCAGCAGUUCCCCACACUGUAAAGAGUCCUCUUUGAGCACUGUAUUCGUGUUGGGUUUGGUUUGGCUUGUUUCCCAACCUGAAGUCUAAAUGAAUGGUUCUUGAGCAUUUCAGAAUUAUAGAAUAUAGAUAUGAAGAGAUAAUAAAACAUUCAAAGCCGCGUGCUAUUUCCCAUU